GAUUUCCUGUGAAAUUAAGGACUUUGUCUCCCCUUCAGUGCGUAUUUGGCUCCGUUGUAACGGAUAUGCCGACCUUGCGGAGGGUGUUGAAUGAAGUUUUACAAAGUCACGAAAAAGUACUUGUAUGGGAAGUAAACGGAACGAAGAGUAGGGAGCUGGUCACUUUGGUUUCGGCCUCCGGUUGCGUUGCCAUCGCACAGGAAGGCUCCAAAGAUGCUGUGUGGCUUCAGCAAUGCACCCCUUCUAUAGAAAAAUAUUCCAGUUUCUUUGCAACAGCUGUAAUGAAUAAUUCCGGCUUUUCUAAGCUGUGUUUUAACAAGAGCCCUUAUUCGGAUCAGUUAUUUCUGGAGGAUGUGGAACUUGGCUGCUCCUUGGUAGACCUGAACGCUGAGCUUUUGUUGGCCUUCUCUGACAAGAAGCUCUUGGAGGAAUGCGUCCGUUGUGGGGAACAGAGUUUUAAAAGGCCUGUCGCGGAGGUGCGGUAUGGCGGUAAUGAAAGGGGGUAUUUUGUUUGCGCCAAUAAAGACGUCAAGAGAGGUGAGGUCGUGUUUGAGGAUGAGGGACGUAGUUUUGCCAUUGUCACGCGACCCUUCGUGGAUAAACACUGGGGGGAGGAGGAAAAGGUGACCUUUGCGGAAUACGCGUGGCCCCUUGACGCCGACGGCCAUGUAUACGCCAUUUGGGAGAGCAACCCUAGUGAGUGGCGUCCCAUCAAUCAUUCUUGUGAUCCGAACUGCAUUUUUGGCGAGGAACACUCACUUAACGUCAUUGCAGCCCGAGACAUCAAGAAGGAAGAGGAACUUACAAUGGAUUAUUCAACGUUCUGCGACUACACUAUGAGACCCUUUUCUUGUAGUUGCCGCUCGGAGUGUUGCCGUGGAAUAAUUUUGCCGGAUGAGGCGGCACUACGAAAGUACGGCACGCACACGUGGCACCGACGACCUCCUAUUCCUCCGGCGAAAAGUGUUUGA